CAAAAUUUACACAAAUCGAUGUAAAUAAACAACAAAAUUCGUUUUAUUGUUAAAAAACAACCCAAUUUUCUACCAACAAAUGUAAUUGUGGCAUAAACUUAUUUUUGUACCGGUGACAAUUAGUAAAUUACGCACAAACAUAGACGUUUUAGUUUAAAAUACCAAUAUUUUUGCGCACAAAAAUGUGUAUACAUCGUUCGUGUAUGUGUGUAAAGUAAACCUACCCUAAACCCGUUUACACAUGCAUUUUUGGAUAGAUAAACGUAGUCAAAGAUGUGGAUUUAACACUCGACAGAUCCCGCCGUCGUUUUCAGGUUACGGAAGGAGCCAGAGGAGUUUGUGCGGAAGUUUCUAUCCCAAGCCGAUGGUAACUCCGGUGCAUCGAUUCCAGUCGAUCGAGGGCGGUUUGCGCGCUAACGGACGAUCCGGAUACAACGGCAGGCUGCCGCAGCUCUCUCCGAUACCAUCCACUUCCGUGCAUUACAACAACGCCGAUGGGCACCGCUCGCGGAGCGCCGCCGGGCCGGGCGAGGCCCCCGAAUCGGAUCCGGCGCGGCCGAACAACCCAUCGCCCACCUACAGGCUGAAAUGCGGCGUGUGGAUCUUCUUCGCUUUGAUCAUGUUCUUUCUAGCCGGGGCCAAAUACUAUUUUCACGGGGUGAGCACUUCUAAUUCGAUCUACCGUUUAACUUUAAUUCGUAUUGUACAGAUCAACAUCGGAGUGGAGGUGCUCGUGUUCGUUUCCUUGCUGGUGGUGGCUCUCAUGUUGGGCGGGUUGAUCUCCCUAUGCGAAGCAGUGGCCUCGUUUACGCCUCCGGCCAAUCGAUCGGACACACCGAUCAUGAGAAUCAUCGAAGAGCAAGAGCAGGAAGAAGGCGAACGGAGAAAUAGUACGGUGAAUGUGAACAACAACGCCCCCACAGAAAUGCCGCCUCCGCCUUACCACAUAGCCGUUAUGUUGUGUCCGAGAGGCGGGAACGAUUUGAAUACGGUGCAUAUUAUCAGGGAUUCCCCGCCGCCUACGUACGAAAAAGCGGUGACUUAGUAAGUACGAUUUGAACGAAGUUUAAUGGGUCGUUUGGUUCGUCGGGUUUCUUCGCCGAAGAAACGAAAAGGUACGUGGUUGUUUAACUAGAGAAAAGUGGCCAAUUCGAAGCCAAUCCGUGAUAAUUCUAUUCUAUAACCGAGUAAAAGGCUUUUUGUUAAAUUCGAAGCCGUUAUAAAGAGGUUUUUUUCAAUUCAAUGACGCGUUUCUUCUUGAAAUUCUGCAUGUUAUAUAAAUAUAUAAAUAUACUGUAACUAAUUCCUUCUAAUGUGUAACUGCGUCCCCCGUAUUCGGGAGAUUUUUUUAUAAUCAAAUGGUUAUUAAAAAAACCUCUGAAUACGGGGGUUAAAUCUCGUACGAUUUUUUUUUGUAUGAAGAUAUCUUGCAAUUUUUCUAUUGAAAUAUUUUUUAAUAUCCUGUUGUAAAUUUGACGUGUAUACAUUUUACAUCUUACAUGUUAUAAAUAUUUUUUCUUGGUGUACAACUUUUCGUUUUUUCUUCCUCUCGCUCUCGUUAAAUAAAUAAAUACAUUCGUGCGUUAAUUUGAAAAUUAAAGUUUAUUAAAAUUUUUACAACAAAUAAAAGAGGAAUGAUAGUUUAAUACUGUACGAUUAAAAUUAAAAAAAAAAGAAAGAAAAACAUGAAAGCAUUAGAACUAACUAACGCAUAAUAAGUUUAAGUUUUUUUAAAAUAACGGUCAACUUUUCUAACAAAUAAAUGCUUUCAACAGAAAAUAAAAUAUUUCUACAAAAUACUUAAAACUUAACUAAUGUACAAACAUUCUCCGGGACGUUUCUAUUGUGGAAUUUAUUUCCCGAGCCAUUCGCUCACUCGACCAUUGUCGAAAACCAGAUUGUAUUUCGGAAGCGGGACCAAUCGACCCCUUUUCAAUAUUCCCAUUUUCUCUCCGGGGCGGUACUGAAAACAAAAAAACAACACACGCUCAAAUUCACACCUAUAUUUAUAAAUAUGAAGCAUUUACUUUGAAGUAAAAGGUACGAGGAACAGAUUUUGGAGCGUUCUAGAUUGAUUUAGACAGUUCUAGAUGACUCUGGAGUGUUCUAAAUGAUGACUUACAUUUUUACAAGCAAAUCUUUUUCUUUUUAAGCGAAUGCUUUUAUUUAUAAAUACGGGCUAUUACCUGACAUUGCGAUAUGAAUUCCAGGAGCGACGUUCCCAAUUUUCGGCUGGAUUCCACCAAAUUUUCCAGGCUGGAAUUUUAGAAUAUAACGUUAAUCAUUUAAACGGAAAAAAUGAUAGGAAAUAAACUCACCUAUGUGUAUCGGUUAAACCGCCGUAAACGAUGCUAUCACAGAUUUUCGUAUUGGCGUCGGCGUCGAACAAGGGAAUCCCAAAAUGGCAGUCUAGAAUUGUCCACACCUAAACCAAAAAGAAAUAUCAUAAUUAACUUAAUUAAUUAGGUUUCUCGUCGAGGUCACCUCGGGGGAAUUUUCAUUGAUUUUUUCCUCAAUUUUCGGCUCGAUUUUGUCGCUUUCCCUAUCGAACAUGUUGAUAUUCUCGUCGGCCGGACUAGCCAAACCGUCCAGGGAAAAGCGAUUUUCCGCGAUUUCCUCGGUUUUACCGCCCAAUUCCAAACCCAACCGACCUGUCGCCUUAUCGUUCAAAACCUGCGAAAACAAAUUCACUCUUUAACAAUAUCAUUUCACACGAAAUCCCCAUCCUCCUCGUUUCGUGCGAUUUUAAGUUGCGUACGAUCAUACACAACCUGUCAAAAAAAACGACAUUUAAUUGUGACGUACGUCCAAUAGAGGUGGGACGAGCAAAACGGUUACUUAGCAACGUAACGGAGUCGAGAGAGAGAAAAAGCGCCAUCUUACCAACCGAUCGAGCUCCUCCUGCAACAGAUCCGAGCCCUCUUUGCUGGUGAAACCGUUCGCGGGCGACGAUCCGCGACCGCUCUCCGAUUCCGGCGUAACGGCGAAAUGAUUCUCCAACGGAGACCGCAAUUUCCCGUCGCGAUUCUCCGCCAUUUUGUCGACGCCCUCUCGACGAAAGUCGAAAUUCUCGUUCGAUAUCGACAGCGGAUCGCUCUUGUUGUUAUUACUACUCGCCUUGGGGGCGCAUCGAUCGUUGAUACCUAGCGAAUAUUUAGGUUUAAUUAAAUGGUAUUAAUGGUUAGAGCGAGUCGUAGUAAUCAAAAGAGUUUCUUAAAUUUGACAGUUUUACAUUGUUGUUAUGGAGUAACUAAGGAGACUUUUUCAAAUGACAGUUUUACAUUGUUGUUAUGGAGUAACUAAGGAGAUUCUUCCAAUUGACAGUUUUACAUUGUUGUCAUGGAGCAACUACAAGAACAUUGUGUCGGUUAAAGAGACCCUUUAAGCGAUCGAUUUAGCGUUAAAACGAGCCAUACAGUAUACACAGAUAAGUAACCCAAGGUUAUUUAAACCACCCUGUUAUAAAUACCACCGAGCUUACCUAACCUAACGGGCGGCGGUACCGCCUCGUCCGCCGAUCCCUCGGCCAUUUUCCUGCCGAAAUCCACCACGCCGAUAUCGGCGAACGUCAAAUACCCGCAAUUGUGCUCCAGAUCCACCGCCUCCUUCAACCGUGCGAGGGCGCCGUGUUUGACGAAACCGGCGUCGAUCUCUUCCGUCGGCCGUCGCUUGCUGUCGACGCGACGCGCACGCGCGAACGGAAACGGAACGAAGCGCGUGCGCGCCGGCCCGUGCACGCCGUACGCCUGUAUCAACACCGGCGAGAAUUGCAAGGUGGCGUUGACGUAGAGGACGUUAGAGACCGGUAUGACGGCCGGUUCGUGCGACCACGAUUGUACCAACAAUCGCGAGAAACCCAGGAAAACUCUCGGCAAAUGAUCGAUGAUUGUACCUGUACACGACAGUACAUUGAUAAUUGAUUAAUUAAUCGAGCCAAAGACAUUAGAACUAGGAGUAGAACUCAUCUGUCAAUCGUCAAUGAAACGUUUGGUCUCUUAGUAGUUGUAAUGUCUUUUGAAUCGAGCAAUGAUUACUUCAUUAUACCUUUAGCUAGUAACAAAGAUGGCGGUCCGUAGCCCGUUACGUGGUAUAUAAACAGUUUGAACCACAGGGUGUUCACCUCCGGUACGGCGGGUCCCAAAUGAGGCGGUACGAAGCUCGUUACCGGUCUCACUUCUCUGCUAAGCGGCGCCAUCGAUACCAAUAACC